GAGGCCGGGCGGCCGCUCCUGUCGGCCCCUCGGGUCUGAUGCGGGUGGCACUCGGGUUUGAUCCCUGAAUCUUCAAGUCCAUGUUGCCCAGGCCUGUGAGCCGGCGCUGGGGAGGCAGCGGGCUCGGAGAUGGGGUGAGGCGGCCCAAGGGGCACCCUUUUCCGGUGCCAGGGAUUUAUACUAAUUUCUUAAACGUGCUGAUCACCUGGCACACUCGUUUGAAAAACACAGCACCCUGAACCAGGAGGCUCAGACCCUCCGGGGUGUGUGUGUGUGUGUGUGUGUGUCCGUCCGUCCGUCCGUCCGUCCGUCCCAGGUGUGGGAAAUGCCCGCCCUCCGCGGGGCCCGCAGCGCCGUGUACGCGAGGCUGUGUCCCAGGAACAGCUCCGGGGGGUUGGAGCUCCCUGGCUCCUCUGGCUCUUGUUGGUGUGAGCAGAUCUGAACCAGCCCAGCACUGAAGUUGUUUAGCAGAAAUUACUCCUCUCAGCAGAAAAUAUUAUACAGUUAGUUUAUAUUGUAGGGUAACUUAUUUUAAAGGUCAAGUGCUUGGGAACUCCUCCUGACUGAGUGAGCGCACGCCUCCCAUUGCUGACAGACGUGAUGUUUUACCGGUUGCUAUCGGUGGUCCAAAGACAAAGAACCAGCCGAGGAUGGCAGAACUGGCCCUCAGCCAGAAGCGGUGCAUCAGCGGCCGAGGCGCAUUCUGUCGCCCUGCCUGCCCAGGCGCAGGUGGUCAUCUGUGGCGGGGGAAUCAUGGGCACAUCCGUGGCCUAUCACCUGUCCAAGAUGGGGUGGAAGGACAUUGUCCUUUUGGAGCAGGGCAGGCUGGCUGCUGGCUCUACGAGGUUCUGUGCAGGCAUCAUAAGCACUGCCAGGCACUUGGGCAUUGAGCAGAAGAUGGCAGACUAUUCAAACAAACUGUACCAGCAGCUAGAGCAAGAAACAGGGAUCCAAACAGGUGUUCAGAUCUAUGACCGGACAAGUGUUGUUCAUGUGAUGAUCAAAAAAGGUGAAGUUACUGGCGUGGAGACAGAUAAAGGACAGAUCGAAUGCCAGUAUUUUGUCAACUGUGCUGGUCAGAGCCCCUGUUGAGCUCCCUCCUGCGUAGGAUGCCAGACCUGGAGACACUGGAGAUCAUGAAGUUGGUCAAUUGCCCCGAGACCUUCACACCAGACAUGAGGUGCAUCAUGGGCGAGUCUCCUGUGGUUAAGGGCUACUUUGUCCUGGCAGGAAUGAACUCUGCUGGCCUUUCGUUUGGUGGAGGAGCUGGAAGGUUAAAGAAGAUUCCCUCAACUGAAUAUGCUGACAAGAUAGAAGAGCCGCGCCCCCCCCACCCCCCCCCUCCGCCCG